AUGCGGUGGUCUUUGCUUUUCACCUCAGCCCUAUUCUUCCUCCACUGCGGGGCAGCAUUGGCAGCCCCGACAGUAGAAUUGGGGGAACGGGGCGUUGAUGCCGUCGCGACUCUCAACAAAAGAGCGGACCAAGAUACAAAAACGACCGCAACAAAUAAUGACGCCACUCAACCAACCGCGGCGACGACCACAGGGAUCGAGACGAUUGGAUCCCAUGAGGUAGGAUCUAAUGCGACCACUGCAACAACAACAACAGACCCAGGCACGACUACCUCACCUGCUAGUCAGACCUACGCCGCAACCACGGUGCCUUCACUAGAUGGACCCAGUUCCUCAAGCAGUCAAGCUUCACAAAAUGAAACCCAUUCGGCAUACUCAGGGGGCCUCCCAAUCAAACCGGAAAUCACACCUGCAUUGGGUGUGGGAGGCUUCAUACUUCUCGUUUUGGGAGGGGCGUUGGCCCUCAUUGGGAUCCGGAAGCAAAGUGUCUUUAUAUUCCUUUCCACGGCAUUCCUCGCAGCAUUGGGUAUUACAGUUCUGAUCAUCUAUGUCAUGAAUCCCCCCGUCAGCAACGGAGCACAAGGAGGAUAUUUGGUCGCCGUGGUCGUCACGGGAGCGAUCUUUGGUGGCCUAGCGCUCGUCUUCAAAGAAAUCACAGAGGGCCUGUGUUGUCUUCUGGGCGGCUUCUGCGUCGGCAUGUGGCUCAUGACCCUCAAAUCCGGAGGCUUGGUCACUGGUGACGGACCAAAGGCUGGAUUCAUCAUUGGUUUUUCCGCUGGCUUUUAUUGUCUCUCUUUCAGCCAUUAUACCCGUGCGUAUGGGUCCAUGUUCUGUACUGCUUUUGGUGGUGCUACAGCAUUGGUACUCGGUAUUGACUGCUUCAGCCGAGCUGGGCUGAAGGAGUUCUGGCUCUAUAUCUGGGGUCUGAACGACAACAUGUUCCCUUAUCACACCUAUACUUACCCCGUGACCCGCAAUAUUCGCGUAGAAAGCGCCGUCAUUAUCAUCAUCACUGUAUUUGGUGUGAUCGGACAGAUGCGAUUGUGGAAAGUCAUCAAGGCUCGCAGAGCUAAAGAGGAGAGCUCCCGCCAAGAAGCGGAGAAAAAGAAAGAUGAAGACGACGCCGAGGUUGGCCGACAGCUUGAAGCCAACAAUCUCCGUGAACGUGCUGAAUGGGAAGAAAUGUAUGGCAAUGGUCACGAUGGGGAAGAGCCAUCAUUGUCAGAGACUGCGAUCGCCGAUGAUUCACGAAGAGGAUCGGACGGAUUUGAGUCUUCAACACCUCAAGAGAAAGACAAUGCCAUGGAAAUGAAGCCUAUUGCCACCAUCGACCAGAGUGCUGGUGCCUCUGACUCUGGAAAUCCCCUCGAAACGGUAGAGGAGGUUGAUCAUGACACCGACGCAGAGGAUCAAGAUGCGUGCAGUCAAUGUGAGGUAGAAAUUGGUGACUUGGAAGCACAAAGACCGGUAUCUGCCAUUUCUCAGCGAACUUCUGAGGAAAAGUUGCAUUUCCCGGAAGACAAUGAUUCUGAGCACGGGGCCGUGGUCGAUUCUGAAGUCGGCACCCAACGAGGAUCAAAGCGCUUUUCGAGCAAAUCUUGGAUCAACAGGCUUCCCGGUCGCUUCGGAAAUGUCCAAUUUCCGGACCCGCAAUCUGUGUCUCAGGAAGCCUUGAUCGUUCACGAUGACACUGCAUCUUCUGUUGCAGGCGUGGUGGAUGAACUCACCAUCAUUUCUGGGCCCCGGAGUAUCGCUUCUGGUAUUGAUGAAGAUGGGAAAGAUCAAGCUCAUGAGAAGGAAAUUUCCAACGAGGGUGCGCCGGAGCAAAAUGUGCUCUCCGAGGCUACUGUGGGAAAGCUCAACUCUCAGACACGUCAACCAGCUGCGCCACCUGCAGUCACAACUGGAGGAGAUCUUGCUAUUUCUCAUGAACCAGAAGAUGGAAAUCACCACACUACUGAAAACGAUCAGGAAAAUCAUGGAAACAACACCGUUCCGACAGACAGCCCCGGGGAAAACCUGGGAGUGAAGUCUGAGAACGCGGUUGUACAAGUCCAGCAAGACGAACCAGCAUCUCAACGGGAGAACCAAAAGCAAGAACCCUCGGCCACAGUCGUCGAGAAAGUUGAAUCCAAUGCCGAGGAAGCUGUGCUCGAAAAACAACCUUCAGCUUCCCCCAAAACCGAACCAAAAGAAAUUAAUGAUUCCAACGAUCCUCGGUCCAACAUCGAAAAUAACGUCACUGAAGCCGACUCUGUUUCUCAAACAAACCCGACAAAUCCAAUGAAGAAGCCAACUUUGGACAUGACGACCGUUAAAAAGAUUCCUGAGCAGACCUCCAAGGUGAUUCAUUCGUUCCGCACCAAGGAAUGGGCGAAACAUCUUGCAGAUGCCGAAACUCCAGACCUUGAGCCCCUUGAGCUCGAAAAUGAUGUUCAAGAAGACUCAGACAAAAUCGAAGAAGCAGCGGCCCCGGUUCAUGUUGACGGCCUGUUGCAAACGGCCUUGAAUGCUCAACCGCCUCCUGCGGUGAUGAGCCCGGAGCUCAGCGUGUCGAGCUCCGAACAGAUACGGCGACUGUCUGAUUAUUCAUCUAUACCUUCCCCGGAGAUGUCUCGGUCCAAGACACGAAACAGCUUGCACAAUCUUUCCGACAAAUCUCCGCCGCCGUUGAUGCGCAACGCGUCAAUGGCAUCGAUAAUUCCGCGGCAGGAACAGGAUGCCAUUACUCCAAUGCUUCGCAGCACAUCGACUCCCUUCUUGACUGUCACUUCACCAGGCAAGGGUAAAGCUGAACCGGAGUCACCACGCUGGAAUGGCCCGCCUCCUCUUCUUGCAGUCCGUGAAAACAUGGUUCGUAACCGAAUGUCUUCAACAUCCCUUCGUCAUGACCCGUGGGCUUCUCGAAACGCUUCACACCAAUCUCUUCCGGAUGCCAUCCAAGCCACCUCUCCAACAGUGGCCAUCCCCGAAGAGCGAGAUGAAGACUUUGAAGCGGCUGCCCUCAACGAUAAUGACGAUGUCCCACUUUCCCAGCGCCGAGUCAUUCUACAACGUCAGAGCAUGCAAUUCCCCUCAGGAAUGAGCGCCAUGAAUUCACCCUCCCCGAUAUACCCCCAAAGCUACGAGCGCUCAAGAUCACCACAAUCCACUCAAGUAAACCCCGAAAGAUCGGCUUCCAGAAUGGCCGCAUGGCGCCAAUCAGUGAGAGAAGACAUCUCACAGCGGCGCGACCCACUCGCUUUCCGCGGCUCUUCUCCGGGACCAGCCAGCCCCGAAAGACCGCGGAGUCUCUGGGGAUCCGUGCAGCAAAUGCGAGAUGCCUCCUCGAGCCAAGUUGAUCUGGCCGUUGCAGAGGGAAUGCAACGGGGAAGUAUGACCGACCUUCAUCGUCAGGCAAUGCGGCGGAUGCAGGCCUCUGCAAACCGUCAGUUGUAG